GCUGCUAGUGCGGAUUGUUUCAGGAAGUGAAACUAUUUGACUUUCCUCAUCAUUUUUUGAGGCUCCUACACAGCUCCCGUAAACAUGGACAACGUUGAUAGUCUGAUCCUGAAACUCCACGAUGUAAACGCGGUGAAAUUUGGGGAAUAUAAACUCAAAAGUGGAAUGAUGACGCCUAUUUAUAUCGAUUUGAGAGUUCUGGUGUCCUAUCCAGCGCUCAUGAACCAGAUUGCCAGUCUCAUUUACCAGAAGCUGCAGGAUGAGGGCCUUCAGUUUGACUCUGUGUGUGGGGUCCCAUACACAGCUCUGCCUCUGGCUACAAUUAUCUGCUCCAAACAUGAGCUGCCCAUGCUUAUCAGGAGAAAGGAGGCCAAGGAGUAUGGCACUAAGCGUAUGGUGGAGGGCAACUGUCGAGAUGGCGAUAUUUGUUUGAUCAUUGAAGACACAGUGACCAGUGGGACCAGUAUUUUGGAGACAGCAGAAGUACUCUACAAAGAGGGACUCAAGGUGUCAGAUUCUGUUGUUUUGAUGGACCGAGAGCAGGGAGGAGUGGAGAUGUUGGCAUCAAAAGGAAUACGUCUUCACCCGAUAAUCUCCAUGUUUAAGGUGCUCAACGUGCUGCAGGCGGCCGGGCGAAUCGACACACAAAUGGCUCAAAACGUUCACAAGUUCAUCAUGGAAAACAACACAUUCAGGGCCAAAGAUGAGGAGAAUGGUAAUGGCGUACCUGUUCCCAAGAAGCCAUGUAUCGAGCACACAGAGAUGAGUUAUGCUAAAAGAGCCAAACUACCAAAAAUUCACCCACUUGCAUCAAAGUUAAUGAACAUCAUGGAGGAGAAGCAGUCAAACCUGUGUGUGUCGGCCGAUGUAACCAGCAGUGAAGAGUUAUUGGAGCUUGCAGAUUCACUUGGCUCCAAAAUCUGUCUGCUCAAAACACACGUAGACAUACUAAAGGACUACACAUCAGAAAUUGGUCAGAAGCUACAAGCAGUGGCUGAGAAACACAACUUUCUUAUCUUUGAAGAUCGCAAAUUUGCAGACAUUGGGAAUACGGUCAAGCAUCAAUAUGAAGGUGGACUGUACCAGAUAUCGUCCUGGUCCCACAUAGUGAAUGCCCAUGCUGUGCCUGGACCUGGGGUGGUGAAGGGUCUCAAUGCUGUGGGCAGACCUCUGGGGCGUGGCUGCCUUCUCAUAGCACAGAUGAGUUCCCAAGGCUCUCUGGCCACUGGAGAAUACACACAAGCUACGCUGAGAAUGGCAGAGGAGCAUUCAGAUUUUGUGAUGGGUUUUAUCUGUGGAGGGAAGAUAACAAUGAGGCCGGAGUUCAUUCACAUGACCCCAGGAGUGCAACUGCAGAGUAGAGGAGAUGGUUUGGGUCAGCAGUACUCCACCCCAGAGGAGGUAAUCAAGAACAAAGGCUCUGAUGUCAUCAUUGUUGGACGCGGAAUCCUGGAGGCCCCUGAUAGGCUGAAAGCUGCCGAGGCAUACAGGAAGUCAGGCUGGGACGGCUAUACACAGCGGCUGGCCUUGAGUCAACAGUAGAUUUGAAUUUUGUGUCUCAAUUUCAAAUUAAAAUAUUCAACUAUAUUUCAAUGAAAGAGCUGUGAUAAUGUAGUCUGUAUUAUGUGUAUUGGUAAAAA